UUGUAUCUUGGGUUGAAGGUACCCUUUUCACAAAAUGGAGUUUUCAGGAGAAUAUGAUGAGAAAGAAGUCGUUGUUUCCACUCCUCCUUUUGACUUAAAAACUGAUGAUGUAAUUAGGACUGAGUUUCGGUUACCAAAAAAUAUUGAUAGCGAAGAGGAUUAUAAGCCUACCGAUUGGAAGGAGAUUAUUCUUUCGGUGGCGAAGUCAACUUGCCAGUACAAUGACCGUUUAACGAAGGAGAGAACUUUACUUAGAGGAGCUGUUUAUAAUUCUCAACUUCAGCAAAUGCACUUUCAGCAGUCUAAAGUUUUAGCUACUAAGCCUUUAAGAAAAACUUCAAAGUUUCCAGUUGCUUGUAUAGAGAGCCAAUUUACUGAUCUCCCUGCGAGGCGUUAUGAUUCAAAAGAGCUGGCAGAGUUGUGUGAGACACCACCAGAAAUAUACAGACGGGGCUAACUCAGCAACGAUUAGAACUUCAAGUGUAGUAAGUUUUGAUCUG